GGCAUCCGGAGGGGACCUUGCCACAAGGAACAGCCUCUCCCAAGGAUGGGCAGCCAUGAGAAAGAUCCCUCUUCUCCCAAAAGGGCUCUUCCCCCAUCCCGCUCCAACAGCACUGUGUCUUCCAAACAGAGCAUCACUCAACAGGGUUCGGAAAGCUGGCAGGUGGUGGAUGAGCUGCAGAUCCAAAGCAGUGCCACCCAGGAGCCAGAGAGGCAGGAGGGCUACCUGUUAAAGAAGAGAAAAUGGCCCUUGAAGGGUUGGCACAAGCGCUACUUUGUUUUGGAAGAUGGAAUCCUGAAGUAUGCCACCACCCGGCAGGAUGUCUUGAAGGGAAAACUGCACGGCUCCAUCAACGUCCGCCUGUCGGUCAUGUCGGUCAACAAGAAAGCCCAGCGUGUGGACCUGGACACGGAGGAGAACAUUUAUCAUCUCAAGAUAAAAUCCCAGGAGCUCUUCAAUAAUUGGGUGGCCAAGCUGUGCUCACACCGCCAGGUAGAGAAGAUGGAUGCGAACCAGCAGCAGUUCCUAACUGGAGGCCACCGCGGAAAAGGUCCCUAUUCUACACAGGCCUGUGGCCCGCGGCAUCGGGUUCAGAUGUCAGAAAGUGCCCCGGCCUUGUCUUCACUCACCUGUCACCGAGACAAGGUGAAUUCCUGGCUGAGUGACAGCAAAAGUCUGGACAGGUGCUCAGCAGAACUCUCUGACUGUCAGGGAAAGCUUCAAGAGCUCAACCAGAUGCUGCAGAACUUGGAGUCUCUCCACCGCAUUCCUUCUGCCCCCCUCAUCUCCCACAGCCAGAGCUCGACAGGCACUGAGAGAACCCGGAAGGGGAAGAGAUCCACCCGGAUCUGGUGCACUCAGAGUUUUGCAAAGGAUGACACCAUAGGCCGGGUGGGCCGCCUGCACGGCUCGGUGCCGAACCUCUCGAGAUAUUUGGAAUCAUGUCCGAACCAAGCCCUCUUCAGCCUCCCUCCAGAAUACAGCCAGCUUCAGAGGAGUUUCUGGAUAUUAGCUCAGAAAGUUCAUGGGUCCCUCAGCAGUGUGUUGGCUGUGCUGGCUGCGGAGCGGGACCGCCUCCAGGAGUUGCAGAGGUCGCUGGCCCUGCAGCAUUCCACUGCCGCCUCUGCACAGGGGGGCCGGGGGAACGGCGUUGGCAUCGCAGGAGCCGGGGCUUCUCUGCAAACAUUUGACAACCCGGAACGUCUGCGCCGUUUCCAUUCCCUGUCCAUCUCUUCGGACACCACCCUAGACUCCUUCGCCUCCUUCAACCCUGAUGAGGUCAGCAUCAGAAGAGACUGGACCUUGGAGCCAAAUACUGUGUUGGGGAAGGGCCAAGAGCAGCAGCACCAGCUGUCCAACCGCAGUAUUGUCUCCCUCUCGGACUCGCACACAGAGUUCUUCGAUGCCUGCGAAGUUUUCCUGUCUGCCAGCUCAUCUGAGAAUGAGGCUACAGACGACGAGUCCUGCCUCAGCGAGGUGACCAACAGUCUCUUAGAAGAGGUGGACGACAUGGCGGGGAUGUCUGCCCGCUGUUCGAAAGGCCUGAGUGCAGUACAUUGUUUUGAGGACUCCUCCGAGGGGAGCCUAGGACUGCCAGCGUCUCUCCAUUUGUACCUCCCCGGGCCGGGUCCCGGGAUCCCGCGGCGGAACUGCCUCCCGGCUUCCCACGUCCACACCAGCGACGUCAGCCUGUGGAAUAUUCUCCGCAACAACAUUGGCAAAGACCUCUCCAAGGUGUCCAUGCCGGUUCAGCUGAACGAGCCCCUCAAUAUGCUGCAACGUCUUUGCGAGGAACUGGAGUACUGCUCCCUGCUGGAUGCGGCCAGCCGAAGCCCAGACCCCUGUGAAAGACUGCUCUGCAUGGCCGCCUUUGCAGUCUCGGCUUACUCCUCCACCUACUUCCGCGCUGGCAGCAAGCCGUUCAACCCUUUGCUGGGGGAGACGUACGAGUGUGUACGGCCGGACAGGGGCUUUCGUUUCAUAAGUGAGCAGGUAUGCCACCAUCCGCCCGUCUCUGCCUGCCACGCUGAAUCCGAUAACUUCGUUUUCUGGCAAGACAUGAAAUGGAAAAACAAAUUCUGGGGCAAAUCCCUCGAGAUAAUCCCUGUGGGUACAGUGAAUGUCCUGCUUCCUAGGUUCGGGGACCACUAUGAAUGGAACAAGGUGACCUCCUGCAUCCACAAUAUCCUCAGCGGCCAGCGCUGGAUUGAGCAUUACGGCGAGGUGCUGAUCCGAAACACGCGAGACAGCACCUACCAUUGCAAGAUCACCUUCUGCAAAGCACGGUACUGGGGUUCCGGGGUGAAUGAAGUGCAGGGUGCCAUUCUCAGCCACAGCGGCAAGGUCAUCCACCGGCUCUUCGGAAAGUGGCACGAUGGCUUGUAUUGCGGUGUGGCCCCCAUCGGCAAGUGCAUCUGGAGACCUAGCCCUAUGCCGCGGGACUACGAGAAGAAUUACGGGUUCACUCAGUUUGCCUUGGAGCUCAAUGAGUUAACGCCGGAGCUCAAACGCCUCUUGCCAUCCACAGACACCAGGCUGAGGCCCGACCAACGGUAUCUAGAGGAGGGAAAUGUGCAGGCCGCAGAAUCCCAGAAACGUCGGAUCGAACAGCUGCAGCGUGACCGGCGUCGGGUGAUGGAGGAUAACAACAUUCUUCAUCAGGCUCGCUUCUUCAGGCGGCAGAUGGACGCCAACAACAAAGAAUACUGGGUAAGCAAUGGCACUUACUGGAAGCUGAGGGCGGAGCCAGGCUUCAGCAAUAUGGACAGUGCAGUCCUGUGGUGACUGCUGGCAUCUCCAGGAGCGGCCGUGCCUUUUCCACUCCUAUCCCCCAAGACGGGGGAACAGACAAUAAGAGGUCCCCCGCCGGAUAAGCACAAAAGGUGAUCAGGGCAUGGGAUUCUGGUAUACCAGCACC